AUGACAAUAUCUGCCUCUGGAGCGCAGACAAGUGCAUUGUUGCUUCCUGGUCAAUACACAACGACGACUGAUCCAGAAUUACUCCAUGGUCUCCUCACCUCAUCUUCCUCAUCAUUAUCACCAUCCACCGGUUUUAAUUCCUCUUCCGUCUCGCUUCCGUUAACUGUCGCUCUUGAACCCGGUUUAGCGAUCUAUUCUAACUCUUUGUACGGUGGUUCCGCUGGAUUUUCAUCUCUUCCUACUUCCCCGGUCGGUAAUUCUUCGACUUCUCUGAGUGCACAGUCGCUCGCUCUUUCGUCCAAUAUCUGGGCCGCCAUCAACGUCGGUUCUACGAAUCGUGUCGUUUUCUGGGACUCCGUGCCAGAUUUCUCCCAACUUGCGGUAUCAGGCUCGCUAUCCCUUGUAGACAUGCAAUCCUCUGCUUGUGAGCCUGCUUGCUCGAGCAAUGGUAUUUGCACGUCGUCUGGUACUUGUUCAUGCGCGGCUGGUUUUACCGGAGCCUCUUGCGAAUCUUGCGAGUCUGGUUUCUUCGGUUUGUCCUGCCAGGCUUGUCCUUCCGGCUGCCUCGACUGCGACGAUGGCAUAUCUGGGACUGGAAAGUGUCUUGCUUUCAACAUCACCAACGCGCCUUCUUCUUGCAACUGUCUCAAUGGUGAAUGCGGGUCUAAUGGGCAAUGCAGUUGUAACGCAGGCUGGACCACUGCCGACAACGGUACAGCUUGCGCUAAAUGUGCUUCCGGAUUCUUCUUGACCUCCACCGGCGACUGUAAAAUCUGCGAGAUUGGAUGUUCUGCAUGUGCGGAUAUUACAGGAGACUGUCAGACGUGUAAGAGUGGUUUCACACAGGACGCCAAUGACAAGACCAAAUGUGACGCCGAACCGACUACUACCAGUUCUGGGACUGUUUGUCCAGAUGGCAGUUUUAGCUCGGGUACAACUUGCUCUACAUGCUCUCCAAGUUGUCAGACCUGUAAUGGAGCAACUUCCAACGACUGUAUUAUUUGUGCCAGUGGAAGCUACGCGUUCAAUGGAAGCUGCAUCACUGCAGACUCUAAUGGUGUCUGUGAGGGAACAGGACUUAUCGCCGACAACAACAAGAAGGAAUGUGAUACCUGUGGAGCGAAGUGUACAUCGUGUGGGAUAUCCGGUUUUACCACCGCAUCCACCGUCAACCAGCUACAAUGCACAGGCUGUCUACCCGGUUCGUUCCUCUCCAACGGAAGUUGUGUAAGCAGUUGCCCUGCUGGUACUUUUAUUUCGUCACAGGACAACACUACCUGUUCCGUCUGCGACUCUUCUUGUUCCACCUGCGCAGGCUCAUCCACAUUCUGUUUAACUUGCGCCAACGGCGAGCUUGCCUCGAAUGGUCAAUGCGUCAGCACCUGUCCCGCUAACACCGUAGCCUCUAAUUCGACGAAAACCUGCCUUAACUGUCAUCCCGACUGUGUAUCUUGCUCUGGAACCGCUUUCAACCAAUGUUUGUCAUGCCCUCCGGAUCGACCAGUACUGAAUCAAGGACGUUGCCUCCCUGUAUGUGGCAAAUCGCAGUUCUUCGAUAGUACGAGUGGAAGUUGCCAGGCUUGCGAUUCGAGCUGCUCUAGCUGUUCGGGAUCUGGAUCGUCCGAAUGCCUUGCAUGUUCGAGCUCUUCGCAGGUGCUGAAGGGCGGCUCAUGUGUGUCUGCUAACUGCAAUGGCACUACUGAUGUUGUUACCGGCUUAGGGGUUUGUCUUUCGGACCUUGUGGUAGUUCCGCAAGCCUCCAGUAGUGCGGCACCUUUACCUACCAUCACCGGACUUACGCAACCCACUGUGGUCACGCAAACUUCCUCGAAACGUCUUCAGUGGUGGGAAAUCCUUCUCAUGGCUCUCGGAUGUGCCUUCAUUUUCCUAGCAGUCAUUUGGUGCUGGAGGAGAAGGGCAAGGAAGCAGAGGGCGAAGCGCACCAAGGCAUUCGCACAAGCCAAAAAUAUCGACCAAUCGACUAGCUGGAGAUGGAGGCUUGUGAGGUUUGGGGAGAAGCUCUUUGGUCACCGAGCUAGCAAGCGCGCGUACCCGGAGCCUACACCGGAUGCUAAUCCAGGAUUAGAUUCGGAAGCGCUAAAGUUGAUGAAACUGAGGAACGCAGAGGAAGCUAGACAUAAUCAAGAGAUGGAGAAACUGAUGCUUAUAUCGGAUUAUCAGUAUCCCCCUGAGAAGCGGUCGAGCUACUAUCCUCCCUCUGUCCUUCCUUCUUUAUACGACGUCGGGCAUUCUCGAAAACACCUUCAUGCAGUAGACUCUGCCACCAACAGACUUUCUGGACCUUCGCUGUACUCUCAGGUCACGGGUGUACCACGGAAUGGUCCUGAAGCAAGGCAGCCGGUCAAGAAAGAUCUAAUCACUUCAAGGUUUUCAGCAUCGUCGUUGAACUCUUCAACUGCCCAUUCUGCCAAAUCGAGGGAUCUGACGCGUCCCCAUACUCCUGCUGAGCAGUACGCUAUGGAUGUGAGGUCUGAUCUACUUGUGGAUACAUCCACCCCGGAACAGUCAUCUCACCACGCUCAUUGGAUUCAGCCUACCCACACGGGAGCUACGGUUUCGUCUAAAAAUCCUUUCCGAAGAUAG